UGUCGCCAUCUACAGUGUUGGAGGACAGACAAAAUUCGUUUAAAUGUGAAAUCAUGUUGCAUUUACUGUAUCUGUUUGAGUGAUUACCAUUUAUUACUUUAAAUAAAGCAUAGAUGCUUUGAAACAAAGCAAUUUUUUGCUGAUAGUCCAAAAAAAGUUAAUGAAUUUACACUGUCGAAACUCAAAGGAUUUAGCUGCAAGCCGUCGGUGGGCGGAGAUUGUCACAACACCACAGAAAGAGAUCAUGAUGUUUGACGAUUCUCAAACUGAAGAAAUGGAGGGUCUGCUAAUCUCUGACAGUUAAUGGAUGAGUGUUAAAGUGAUGUCCUCAUUUCGCGUCUGAUCGCACCAUGGAUCAGAAAACACUGAACUCUCCCAUUUUGGAUAACUCUCUAUCUGAAGAGAGGGGUAAUGUACAAGUUUCCAAAAGCCUGUUGUCCAUCUAUGAGAACAGAAAGAAAUCUGACCUUGAGUUGGAUUUGGAGGCUCUGAAGAGCACACACAAGCAGCAGCUGGAGAAUUUAGAGCUUCAGCAUCAGGAUGGCCUGGACAAGAGGGUUCUGCAGAACUCACUGCUCUCCACAAGUACUGAGUGGAUACUUAAAACCAGUUUACUGCAGGAGAGCAUCAGUCAAAACUUCAAAGACAACAGGCACUGCAGGGUGACUCGUCAGAAUUUUACCUCAAAUAGGAUCAAGGCUUCAAGUACUCCAACCAAUUCUAUUGGAAUGGUGAGAGAGAGUCAUAGGAAACCUCUGCCAAAAGAGACACAUAAAGUCAAAGAGGAAGCUGACUUAGCUGAGUGUCAGCAGCAGUUCCGCGUAGCCCCAGUCCCAGAUCAUGUCUCCAAGCCUCUUUAUAAAGAUUUGAUCCAGGAUCAGGAGAGAUUGAGGAAGGAGAGCCGCGACCAGAGGAGAGAUUUCCUCUUGGCAAUGCAGAAGCCCUUCGGAUUCCACAAGAGGGAGGAGAAGGAGCGAGAAAAGAAAAAGGAUGAGAUGACAUCUGCCAAUAAAAGUGAAAAAGCAAAGCCUGUGUGUGUGCGGAAGCCAAUACCGAAAGCUGUCUUAGAUCCUAGGUUCUCUGAACAGUUGAAAGAACAGGAGCAACAGAGGAAGAUUCGCAUUCAUUUGAGGGCUCAGGAGACUUUGAAAGCUUCCUCAGCGCCUAUUCAAACUCAGGAAGCUAAUGCAGAGAGCCAGAGCCGCAGUGCUCAGAAGACCAAAAGCAAGAUGCUGGGUUAUUUGGACCAAAGGCCAUCAUUUAGACCAAAGACUAACACAGCAGUGCCUGACUUUGACAAGCUGUACCAAGCCUUUCAACAAAAGGCCAUGGAAGCAGCAGAGAGGAGAGAUGUCACUUACUGUAAACCAUUCCAGUUCUCCACAUCCACACAACAGCCACGCUCAAGGAGUCCAGAAAACCCAAUGAACUCUACAAACAAGAUGAAUUUAAAGAGAAGCUGUUCAUAUGGUGGUUUAACAUCACUGUCUAUGGAUACACUUCCAACCUAUACAACAGACGCUGCCAGGAAAAGAUCCAUGGCCAUAAGGAGAUCUCUGGAGCUGAAUGACCUUAAAGAGCAGGAGCAUGCAGAGUGGAUGAGACAACACAGCAUCAGAUCUCAAGCUAUGAGCAAGGCAGUGGCAAUGCGAGCCAAAGCUAUGGACCCCCAUAAAAGCUUAAAAGAGGUCUACCAGGAGAAACUCAAACAGCACAGGCAAGCUGAUCAAGAGAGGGCGAAGGAUUAUCAAAAAGAGCUAAGGGACAUAAAAUCUCGAGUGACAGCUCGUCCAUACCUCUUUGAGCAAAUGUCCCAGAAAAAUGCCAGGAGUAAUGCCGAAUGCAGAUAUAGGUACACUUUGGAACAAGCAGGUUUGGAUGAAAACUUUGUGAGAUCAAAGGGAGAAAGUGAUAAAAGCAUCCAUGGAUCAAACAAUGUGCAUGGCGACUCUGAGGAUGAAGAUUAUCACAGCACAAAAAGUGAAAGCCAACAGAGUGCAGGAAGUGGGGAAGACAGUGUCGAAAAAGAGGAGGACAAAGAGGGGAACGCUGAAACUGAAAAGGAGGACGUGUGCUGAAAGAACAUGUAUUUGAUUACUGUGGUUAGACUCUAAAUCAAUGACAUGCUGUUGCUUUAAUUAUUUUUAUUGUUUUUAAAAUUAUGUGUUAUAUGUAUUUUUAAAGUUCAUUAGUGGUGCUUUCUAAAGCAAACUUUUCGCACUGGCAAGCAUCACUCAUAUUUUUUUUGUCUUUUUAAACUUUUUUUAUAAAGGGGACUGCAACAAAUAUUUUAUAGUUUUUAAUAAUGCAAUUUUUACAAAUUGUCCUGGUAAAGGAACUUUUGAGUUUUCUUGUAUAAAGAUUUUACAAUACAAAGGGGAUU